GGGAAGUCCACUUAGUUCUACAGUUCUACUGCUACCCACACAAGUUUGUCUUACAAGGAAGCCUUCAUCUCUACCCUCCUCGUCCUGCUUCCGUUCGCCUGACUAUUGCAAGAUAAUCUAUUUCUCCCGAGGAUACCCAAAUACGCAACCAUGGUCCAAAUCGUCUUCUACGGCUACGAAAUGGCUCCCAACUGUCAAAAGGUCCUCUGUGCCCUCUCUCUCCUCCAAAUUCCCUACGAAUACGUCGAGAUUCCACGUACAUUGCCUCGACCAGACUUUGCAGAGAUGAGCAUUGAUUACCGACGUACACCCCUCUUGUCCAUCGAAUCAGACAUGUACUGCGAUACGGCCAUUAUCAUUGAGAAGCUGUGUGACAUUGCUCUUCACGAGAAGACAGCUGGUGAAGAUGUGGAUGCUACAAAUCACCGGGCAUACGGGGAAUUCUGCAACAGCGUCUUUCCCUUUGCUGUUGGACUGUUGCCUGUUGAAGGUGAUGCCAUGAACUCGCCAGAGUUUGUCAAGGACAGGCAGGAGCUGGUUGGCAGCGGUCGUCAGUUCUCCAAGGAAGCCUUCAAGCAGUCUCGACCUUCUGCAUUGACGUAUUUCACCAGCUACCUAAACAUCAUUACUCGCAACUUUCUCGAUGGUGGCAAGAAGAAGUUCUUCCUUGGUGGCGAGAAGCCAUCCAUGGCAGAUAUCUACGUCUACAGCAUUGUCGCCUGGGUCUUGUACGGCCACCGUGGCUGCGAGCCCGAAGUGACACGCGAAAAGUAUGCAGAAGUGUAUGCAUGGUGCGACCGCGUCAGGCCCUUCACAACGCAGGGCAAACGCAAGGAUAUCACCUGGCAAGACGCCAAAGCCAUCCUCACGCAGCCGCCAAAACACGAAUACGCCAAAUUCGUCAAGCACGAUGAGGGCAAUCCUUUUGGUUUGCAGCCUGGAACAAAGGUCUUUGUAGUGCCAACUGAUACGGGCAAGACACAUCCACAGAUGGGAGAGCUGCUCAGUCUCAACAAUGAGCAGUCGUGUGUGCGCAAUGCUAGUGGACUUGUUAUGCACUUCCCAAGGAUUGGCUACCACGUACAGGCUGUAUCCUCGUAGCUACUGCAGGGGCAUCACCCACUCAUUCAAUUCAAGGUCCGGCUGCUACUGCUUUUGCUGUGGCCUUCUCGCGUGCUCGUUGAUUACAAAACAUUCAAGAGAUAAUGGUCCGUAAUGCAUGCAUAUGCCGACUCGCCUCAUUAGCAACAUCACCGUGAUGUCUAUCUUUGGCAACACUCCUUGCAGAAUCCAGGCAGUUCAGUUCACUGGCUUGUCAUGUCAC